UAUUUGAUUAGGGCAGUUUAAUUUAAUUUUAAUUAACAGUUACCAAUAAUAAAGAGAUAAUUACAAUUUCAUUCUAAAAGGCGGUUCGACGAAACAUCGCGUUUUCUUCUUAUCGGCCCCACCACCACCCCCCUUUAUAUAUAAAGAGCUCUUGGUUCUUCCCCAGAGGACAAAAAUAAAAAUAAAGAAAGGAUUUUUGAAGAGAAAAAAUGAAGAAAUUCAUUGUCUUAAAUUUACUGUAUUUUCUCGGUGUUUUGACUUUUGCAUCUGCAGAUUCCGUUUACGACAACUUCGUUCAGUGCUUCGCCGGAGCUAAAAUCCCCGACGCCCAAAUUUCGAGUAUAGUCUACAGCCCAAACAAUGCCUCCUUCGCGAAGGUUCUCGAAUCCUACAUCAGAAACCGCCGCUUCAACGUCUCCACCACCCCCAAACCCAGCAUCAUCGUCACCCCCACGGCGGCGUCCCACGUCAGCGCCGCCGUCCUCUGCGCCAAGAAACUCGGCGUCCAACUCAAAAUCCGCAGCGGCGGCCACGACUACGAGGGCAUCUCCUACGUCUCCGCCGCCACUUUCGUCGUACUCGACAUGUUCAAUUUCCGGUCAAUCGACGUCAACAUGACCGACGAAACCGCCUGGGUCCAAACCGGCGCGAUGCUCGGCGAAGUCUACUACAGGAUCUGGCAGAAGAGCAAAGUCCACGGCUACCCCGCCGGCGUUUGCCCCACCGUCGGCGUCGGCGGCCACAUCAGCGGCGCCGGAUACGGCAACUUGCUGAGGAAGUACGGCCUCACAGUCGACCACGUCGUCGACGCCCAAAUCGUGGACGCCAACGGUAGGGUUUUGAACAGGCAAACCAUGGGUGAAGAUCUCUUCUGGGCAAUCCGCGGCGGCGGCGGCGCCAGCUUCGCCGUCAUCCUCUCCUACCAGAUUAAAUUAGUCCCGGUUCCUCCAACCGUCACAGUUUUCCGAAUCGAAAAAGCUUACGACGAAAACGCAACAGAUGCAGUUUUCCAGUACCAGCAAAUCGUCGACAAAAUGGACAACGAUCUCUUCAUUAGGGUUCUUCUCCAGCCAAUCACCAAGAACAAAAAACGAAGCGUCCGGGCAACAUUCAUCGGCCUCUUCCUCGGCGAUUCUUCCAGGCUCCUGCCAAUCACAGAUUCCCAAUUCCCGAUUUUAGGUCUCAAAAAAUCAGAUUGCCAAGAAAUGCCCUGGAUCAACUCCGUUCUAUUCUGGGGCAAUUUCGACAACAAAACUUCACCCAAAGCCUUGCUCAGCAGAACCCCAGAUUCCGUCAACUUCCUAAAACGGAAAUCCGAUUACGUCAAAACCCCGAUUUCCAAAUCAGGGCUGGAAUCCCUGUUCGCUAAAAUGGUGGAGAUCGGUAAAGUGGGUCUUGUAUUCAACUCAUACGGCGGAAGAAUGAGCGAGAUUCCGGCAUCGGAAACACCGUUCCCACACCGAGCAGGGAAUCUUUACAAGAUCCAGUACUCAGUAAACUGGAGCGAAGAAGGCGAAGCAGCAGACAAGAACUACAUGGAUCAGAUAAGGCAGCUGUUCAGUUUCAUGGCUCCUUUCGUUUCGAGUAAUCCUAGACAAGCUUAUCUCAAUUACAGGGAUUUGGAUAUCGGAACCACCGACAACGGUAAGAACAGCUACAGCGAGGGGCAAGUGUAUGGGUUGAAAUACUUCAAGGGUAAUUUCGACCGGCUGGUUAAAAUCAAGACUGCCGUUGAUCCAGACAAUGUUUUCAGGAACGAGCAGAGCAUCCCCACACUUAAUUUUCAAGGAAGAAGAAGAUCAAGAUAAUAGAGGCGGCGUUGCCAUUCACGCGCCAUUGUCCUUGUCUGUAUUACUACUACUACCACUACAAUUUAUUAUUUAAAAGUGUUCAAAAAAUAUAUACUAUGAUUUUUUGACAUUGUGCAGAGAUGCAUCUCGUGAUAUAUUGAAACUGCCUUUUUUUUUUUCUGUCACAUAAGCUUCGUCCACGUGUAUUAAUGUGUGACACUGGUAUUGAUUGAGUUAUUAUUGCAGGCAGACCCAUGUCUAGAACAAUCUUUUGAAGCAAUGAAAUUUAUGGUUUAUGACUUGGUCAUAU